AUGUCCUUCCAUCAAGUGAAAGUUGGACAGGUGGAUGACGAUGCUCUUGAAUCAAGAAAAAUCAUCAUUCAUGAGGACAUGAUAACAUGGCACAAGGUGCCUGGUGUGUGCCAUGCAGAUACGACCAGGUGUCCCACCAGUGGCCCCUUUCCUGUUCCUCAUGAAUGGUACCAGCCAGGUGGCCUCAUCAUCGGUGGGAUUUCUUCUCAGAUCUUUUAUGUAUUCUAUGAAGUUUUCUUCAGAGAACAGCCUUCACAGAAUAUGUUCACAAUUCCAUAUGUGGUGACAAAAUUCUACCAGCACACCCUUGCCUUGGCAUUUGCUGUAAAAGAGAUAAAUGAGAACCCCAAGAUCUUGCCCAAUCUUACCCUUGGAUUCCACAUCUUUGACAGUUAUUACGAUGCAAGGAUGACCUAUCGGACAACUUUGGACCUACUUUUCAAAUCGCAUAGAUUUGUCCCCAACUACAAAUGUGACAUUCAAAAAAACCUUAUAGCCAUCAUUGGGGGACUUAGCUUUGAUACCUCCCUCUCUAUGGCUGACACCAUAGGCCUCUACAAGAUUCCACAGCUCCACCCAUUUCUUCUUGACAUUGCAUUUAACAACUCUGCUGGAGAAAUAGUGAGUUUCAAUGGUAAAAAGCAAACAGGAGGUGCACUUGACAUCAUGAACAUAGUCACAUUCCCAAACAAGUCCUUCCUUCGAGUGAAAGUUGGUCAAGUGGACAAUGAUGACCUUGAAGCAAGAAGAUUCAUCAUUCAUGAGGAUAAGAUUACAUGGCACAAAGUUUUUAACCAGGUGGUGCCUAUUUCUGUGUGCAACCACUGCUGUCCCCCUGGUCAACAGAAGAAAAGGAAGGAAGGGGAGCAAUUUUGCUGCUAUGAUUGUGCUCCAUGUCCAGAAGGGAAGAUUGCAGACCAGAAUGAUAUGGAUGACUGUUUCAGAUGCCCAGAAGACCAAUAUCCAAACAUGGGCAAACAUGGAUGCAUCUCCAAAACGAUGAACUUUCUUUCUUAUGAAGAACCCUUAGGGAUCAGCUUAGCCUCAAUUGCUCUUUCUUUUUCCACUGUCACAGCUUUAGUGUUAAUAGUUUUUGUAAAGCACAGAAAUACACCCAUUGUCAAAGCCAACAACCGAGACCUCACCUACACUCUCCUCAUCUCUCUUCUGCUCUGCUUUCAAUCUUCUUUGCUAUUCCUUGGCAGACCAGGGGAAAUGGCCUGCUUUCUCAGACAACCUACUUUUGGCAUCAUCUUCUCGGUGGCUGUUUCUUGUGUGCUAGCCAAAACCACUACUGUAGUUGUAGCUUUCAUGGCCACCAAACCAGGGUCCAGCCUGAGGAAGUGGGUAGGGAAUAGACUGGCCAACUCCAUUGUCCUUUCCUGCUCCCUCAUUCAGGCAAGUCUUUGCACUCUCUGGUUGGCAACUUCUCCCCCAUUCCCAGAUUUAGACAUGCACUCACUAAUGGAAGAAAUCACUAUACAAUGUAAUGAAGGGUCUGUGACCUUGUUUUCCUGUGUCCUGGGCUACAUGGGCCUCCUGGCUUUCUUCAGCUUCCUGGCAGCAUUCCUGGCCCGCAAAUUACCUGACAGUUUCAAUGAAGCCCAGUUCAUUACUUUCAGCAUGUUGCUGUUUUGCAGUGUUUGGUUGUCCUUUGUCCCAACCUACCUGAGCACCAAAGGGAAGUACAUGGUGAUGGUGGAGAUCUUAUCCAUCUUGGCCUCCAGUGCUGGGUUACUGGGCUGCAUCUUUGCCCCUAAAUGCUACAUUAUCAUGAUUAGGCCAGAGCUGAACAACAGACAGCAACUAAUAAGAAUAAAGAAUUAA